GGUUUUUGUAGGUUAUUUUCCAAACUCAAUUUGCCAGCCAUCAUGUUUAAUCCAAAAUAAACAUUUAAUAUAUUUUCAGAAAAUAUUAAAAAAUAACAUAAUUGUAAAAUUAUAUGUUAAUUACUAAAGUUCAAGUCUUACUAGACAAUGGGUGUUCCAGCUUUUUUUAGAUGGCUUAGCCGAAAAUAUCCUUCUGUAAUUGUACCUUGUGUGGAACAGAAGAGCGUAGAUGUAAAUGGUACACGCAUUCCUACUAAUUCGGCAGAACCUAAUCCAAAUGGAGUUGAAUUUGAUAAUUUAUAUUUGGACAUGAAUGGUAUAAUACAUCCUUGUACUCAUCCAGAAGAUAGACCGGCACCCAAAAACGAAGAUGAAAUGAUGGUUGCUAUAUUUGAGUGUAUAGACAGAUUGUUUAAUAUUGUGAGGCCACGAAAGGUUCUUUACAUGGCUAUUGAUGGUGUUGCACCAAGAGCUAAGAUGAAUCAACAAAGAUCUAGGCGUUUUCGAGCGUCUAAAGAGACUGCGGAAAAAAUUAACGAAAUAAAAAGAAUUAGAGCAGAAUUGUUAUUGAAAGGUUGUGUUUUACCACCUGAGAAGCCUAAAGAAGAGCAUUUCGAUUCAAAUUGUAUAACACCUGGUACUCCUUUUAUGGCAAGGUUAUCCGAGUGCCUGCAUUAUUAUAUCCAUGACAGGUUGAACAAUGACCCAGGAUGGAAGGGUAUUAAAGUAAUUUUAUCAGAUGCAAAUGUUCCUGGUGAGGGUGAGCAUAAAAUUAUGGACUAUAUUAGAAAACAGAGAGCACAACCUGAUCAUGAUCCCAACACUCAACAUGUUCUCUGUGGGGCAGAUGCUGAUUUAAUUAUGUUAGGCCUUGCUACACAUGAACCUAAUUUUACGAUAAUUAGGGAAGAAUUUAGACCUAAUAAACCUAGGCCUUGUGAGAUUUGUGGCCAAGUUGGUCAUGAAAUGAAAGACUGUAUAGGUGGAGUUUUAAGUGAGCAUGGACAAGAACCUGAAAUGCCUGUUAGUGCUGAAACAGAUUUUAUAUUUGUAAGAUUAAGUGUUUUAAAGGAAUAUUUAGAAAGAGAACUUGUUAUGAUAAAUUUACCAUUUAAAUAUGAAUUUGAUAGAGUACUCGAUGAUUGGGUAUUUAUGUGUUUCUUUGUGGGAAAUGAUUUCUUACCUCAUUUGCCUAGUUUAGAAAUAAGAGAAAAUGCCAUUGACAGAUUAAUUAAAUUAUACAAAGAUUGUGUAUACAAAACAGGUGGUUAUUUAACAAACAGUGGUGACGUUAAUUUGGAAAGAGUACAAAUGAUAAUGUUAGCAUUAGGCAAGGUUGAAGAUGAAAUUUUCAAGAAUCGGCAGCAAAGGGAACUGCAAUUUAAAGCAAGGGAGAAGGCUAAGAGGAGAAGAUCUGAUGGAUUUAAUGAAUAUAAACCUAAUUUUGCAUUACUCAAUAACACGCAGUUUGCUCCUAAAGCAAUUGGGCAACAAUCAGCUGUUUCUAAUGCUAGACAAGAAGCAUUUCAAAUAAGAAAAGCUGGAAUGCAUACUGAUUCGAAAUUACAAACAGUUAAUUCUAAAACAGCAUUAGAAUCCAUGUUUAGGAAGGAAGGAUCAGUACCUCAAGGUCAAAAAAGAACACAUGAUGAAGUAGAAGAAGAAAGUGAUGAAGAAACACAUGAUGAAGUCAGAUUGUGGGAAGAUGGAUUCAAAGAUCGCUAUUAUGAAUCAAAAUUUGACGUAAGCCCCAAAAACCUGGAAUUUAGAUAUUCUGUGGCUCUGCAUUAUGUUAGAGGUCUUUGUUGGGUUUUAAGAUAUUAUUAUCAAGGCUGUGCUUCAUGGAAAUGGUAUUAUCCUUAUCAUUAUGCCCCAUUUGCUUCAGACUUUUGUAACAUUGCUGGGCUUAGUACAGAAUUUGAAGCUGAUACAAAACCAUUUAAUCCUCUAGAGCAACUUAUGGGUGUUUUUCCAGCAGCUAGUAGCAAACAUGUUCCAGAACCUUGGGCAAAACUGAUGUCUGACACUGAAUCUGACAUAAUUGAUUUUUAUCCAGAAGACUUUAAAAUUGACUUAAAUGGUAAAAAGUUUGCUUGGCAGGGAGUUGCUCUUUUGCCUUUUGUUGAUGAAACAAGACUGUUUAAAGCUUUAGAGCCGUACUAUGGUCAAUUAACUGAUGCUGAAAGGAAGAGAAAUAUCAGAGGCGAUGACAGGUUAUAUGUGUCAUUUCAGAAUGAAUCUUACGACUUAUUAUCUGGCAUGUAUAAUACUAAAGUUGACAUGAAUAUGGAAUCUGCUGUUUUAAUUGCUGGUAUGAAAGGAACAGUUUUGUUGUCUGAAGAAUGUCUUCAAAAAGGGACGUCCUUAACAUCCCCAGUGAAAGGUCUGCCUACACUAUACGAAAAUCAAGUAGUCUGUGUUAGGUUCAGAGAUCCAAAAUACAGCAAAGGAUUCAUUUUCCAGGCAAGAAAGUUAAAAGGUGCCAAGGAUCCUCCUAGAGUGCUCAAACCUGAAGAUUUAGAUCCGCAAGCCAAUAGGAAUUGGAGGUCUCAAAUUGGAAUGGCACCAGCUACGCAGAGGGCUUAUUUGAAUCCAGUGGGUCAUAGAAUGUUGAGUCACUAUGCACCUAGAGAAAAUAAGGGUCAGUAUGCAAAUAUACCACCACCAUCAAAUUUAGAUAACAGGAAUAGGAAUUAUGGCGGAGGUAACCGCAGCUACAAUCAGGGUAGUUCAAGUUACGGUCAGUCUAGUUAUCAAAGCCAACACUACAAUCAUAGGCCAGGCUACCAGGACAGAGGCUACAAUCAACAGUCGGGUGGUUACAGUCAAGGGCACCAGGGCCACAACAACCGACAGGGUUACAGCAGACCUAACGAGUCGGAUGAUAACAGGAGACCAGGUCCUUAUCGCGACAGAUUUGUUCCGUCCAACAAUCCAAACACCAACAGAUACAGUUAUAGAAGAUAAGUAAUGUACUUUGAAUAUAGAGUGCAGUAUGAUACAUGAAAAAUACAAUGAUUGAGAGAAAUGCGUAUGUAAAUAGUUUUAAUUUGGUUUGAAAGAUGUUUUUAUUAUAAAGUGUGACUUAAAAUUCAUAAACAUAUUUUAUUUAUUUCAUUGAAUAUUUACUUACAGCGUGGAUAUCGUCAUUGAUGUUUCUGUAAGUUUUUUAGUAUUUUAUUUUUUGAGAGAAGGUAUUAAAGUAAUCAAAUGUUAUUCACAUAACAGCAUAUAUCCUUAUA